CGCUGCACACACACCAUCAACAAGUCACCAAGCAAGUAUUACUCUGCAGCCCGCAGACUGGGGAGCAGAGAUCUCCCUGCCAGGAGCAGACACUGGUUUCAACAGGGUGCAACCUAGACGUGCACCGAGGCGGCUCCACCUGCGGGAUGCUGCACGGAUGAUCCGGACCGGGUGACGGUGCUGCAGGACGGUAGACAUGCACUUGUUAUGCAUGGACCCCGGGUACGAGCCCAGCACCCCCGGGUCUCUGUCAGCAGAGGAGUGUCUCAGCAACUCUUCUGGUCUGGACAGGAAUAGAGAUGAUGAACAGCUGCCACCUCGAUCCACCAAAAAACGAGAGAAGAACCGAGACGCGGCGAGGAAAAGUCGACGAAAACAAACGGAGAGAGCAGACGAACUUCACGAGGAACUCCAGGGUCUGGAGCAGUCAAACGCAGCUUUCCAAAAGGAGAUCGCCGCGUUGAGGAAGGAGCUGCGUCACUACGAGACGGCCCUGGAACGGCACAAGCCUCACUGCCGCCUCAGGAGCUGUGGCUCCAGCUCACCUGCCCAACUCUCCGCGUCUUCUCCAGCCGACUGUCAAGCCGGCUCCAGCCUCCCCCAGGCCUCCAACUCGCCCUCCCCGUCACGCUCCGCCCCCUCAAACCCCGGCAGGGGUCUUCAGACCUUCAGCUACGUUGAAAAGGCUCAUCGUUCACCUUCGGCUUCUUCUCCAACGGCUUCAGCCGCAGCCUCUGAAGUCCCGGCUGCCUCCUCUUCCUCCCCCGUCUCCAGUCCAGUGACUAUUCCUUAUUCUGUGUCUUUUUCCACUCAGCCAAGUCCUCACUCUUUGUUCAGCGAACUACCUCCAAUUACGCCACGGCCGGCCAAUGUCCUGCCAGCCUGCGCCAAGCCGGCUCCGGCCCAGACAGUCCACGAAAGCUCCUCGGCAUCGCGCGGUUCCUCGUUCACCAGCCCAGCGUUUGUAAUGGAGCUGGAUUCUUCCCUCACCGCUUCAAGCGGCGUGGAGGCCUCUUUCUCCCCCCUACAGGCCGGAAACACCAGCACAGUAUUACCAGAUAGUUCCUUGACUUAUUCAUGCAACUUCAGUGGAAACCUGACCAGCUCCCACCAGCCGUGUGCACUUUUACCGUCCCCUCUUACCUCACCUUUUGCCCUGAAGCGGCGUUACAGUGAAAGCGUUUCAGCCGCUUCUGGAUCCCUGCUCUCCCUGCUCACCGUCCCCAGCCCCCCCAAGAUCUCUCAAACUACCUCCAGCAGCUUCCAGGGAUCUGCCUCGCAACCUCCGCUCCCUGCUCCUCCUCCUCCCGGCCCCCCAGAAGACCCUUCCCUCUCCGAGCUCCUGGAAAUCCACGACUGGAUCCUGAGCGGGGUUAAUAACGACUAGCACUACAGAACGCUUGUUCAAUUUAUCUCUCCUGGGUGUUUUAAUUAACUCUCCAAUCUUCCGCUGCAACGAUUCAAAGACAACUGAGAUCUUCAUCGAAGGAAAAUAUGUUAGUUUGUCAUAUUUGAGUAGUUUCUGACUCGCACACCACUGAAGCAAAGUGAUGCAUGACAUAUUUAUGUGUAUUUUCAAUUAAUCUUAGUCAUUUAUUAAAUCGUAUGUUCUGACAGGCUAGAUUUUACUCUUUAUCUCUUAAAUUAGAGCUUCCCUUUUAUGGUAAAAAACCACACAGAUGACCUUUAAACACGGCACUAAAGCUUCAGAAAUCGCCGCGAACAUCUCUGCGCUUGACUGCAGACACAAUCCACAACAGUUUAGUUUUUUUUUUUCAACUGGUUUCAAUUGUGCAAUAAAAUCAAGUGCGGAAAACCUUUAAUAAAUGAAUAGAAACCAGCAGCAAGCUUGGCAUCUUUUUCUAAAUAAAAUGCUGCGUCAGAUUUGCAUGCGAGUAUAUAGUG